AUGGAUUGUAGAUGUCUGUUCUUCUCUCUAGCUUUCUGGCAGCGCCAGAAAGCCCGUUCUUAUACUACUAUUGUGGUGGCGAAGUUGGUGGCGAAGUCUCUAUCUAGAACCUUCGAGGCCCUUCUGCUUGACAAAUUCCAACAGUCUGACUUAUCGGACGAGUCCGUCACUACUACUUCACGGAACUUAUACAAGACGGCGGUUGUCGAUACGAUUGUAGCCGAGGUACAGGGCACAACUAGUGAAGACCGUUGUGUGCUUUUGCUGGGUUAUAAGGACAGGAUGGAGGCUAUGUUCCAAAGCGUUAAUGCCGCCCUAGGCCGAAGAUUCCCGCUAUCAUCCGCCUUUGACUUCCAAGAUUAUUCAAGCGACGAACUACGGCAGAUCCUGAACUUGAGACUGGCCGAGUCAGGAUUCACCGCGUCGGAGAGCGCGAAAGAGAUCGCGAUGAGGGUGCUCGAGCAAACGCGAAACCAUCGCAACUACGGCAAUGCAGGGGAGGUGGAUAUACUGUUGGAUCGAGCCAAGAUACAGCAGCGAAAGAGGCUAUCUGCGCUGGCCAUCGACGGAAAAGCCAAUCUGCAAUUCGAGCCGGGAGACUUCGAUCCGGAAUUCGACAGGACGGAUUGGGUAGAGACCAGCAUCCACCAGGUCUUUGCGGAUUUUGUCGGGGCGGAGGCCUUGAUAGACAAGUUCGAGGGCUAUCAGCGCAUUGUACGCAAUGCCGAAGCUCUCGGCAUUGACCCCCGAUCGCAAAUACCCUUCACCUUCCUUUUUCGAGGGCCGCCAGGCAAAGAUCCUGCUAAUCUAGUCUUAGGUACGGGCAAGACUACGACAGCUCGUCGCAUAGGCGAAGUCUUUUACAACAUGGGCUUUCUCGCCACGAAGGACGUGGUCAACUGCUCUGCAACUGACCUCAUUGGUGAAUUCGUUGGUCAUACAGGUCCCAAGACGCAGAGAGUCUUUCAGAAGGCUCUUGGAAAAGUACUUUUUGUCGAUGAAGCGUACCAUCUGUCGGAUAAUCGGUUCGGACAAGAGGCUGUGGCUGAGAUGAUGAAUCUCUUGACUCAAGAUAAGUACAGGAACAAGAUCAUCGUGAUUCUGGCGGGUUACGACAAGGAUAUUAACCGGCUGCUUUCAGUCAACCCUGGCUUUGGCAGCCGCUUCUCUGAAGUUCUCAAGUUUGACCAUCUCCCACCUGAACAGUGUUCCCGACUUCUCGUUCGCUGCUUGCAGGAACAAAAGCUUGACACGAGCACACUGACGGACACCAAGUUGCUCGGACUCUUUCAAGACUUAACUAUCCUUCUGGGAUGGGGUAAUGCCCGAGACGUUAAGACAAUUGCCCGAUCGGUC